CGGACACACAUGUCAUGUGAAAAACCCGCAUGCAUGUCCUCUCUCAGAACUGCCCCCAACACCGACCGACAGCGCUCGUCGCCUUCUGGAAUGCUUUUUUCUAAACAAACACCCUGACUCCUAGGCGCUCUUUUUUGCACAGCUAAACUUUUUUUGCUGGAUCUUGUUUAUUAUUAUUUUUUUCUAUAAUUUAUGUUCGUAUCUUCAUGACUGCAUUCAGAAGCAAGUCUCCACCACCAUGCGAGCCCAAAUUGAAGUUAUACCAUGCAAAAUCUGUGGAGACAAAUCAUCAGGAAUCCACUAUGGCGUCAUUACAUGUGAGGGCUGCAAGGGUUUCUUCCGAAGGAGCCAACAGAACAACGCCUCAUAUUCCUGCCCUCGACAGAGGAACUGUUUAAUCGACAGAACAAACCGGAACCGAUGUCAACACUGCCGGCUACAGAAGUGUCUCGCCCUUGGAAUGUCUAGAGAUGCCGUGAAGUUUGGCCGGAUGUCCAAGAAGCAGCGGGACAGCCUGUACGCGGAGGUGCAGAAGCACCAGCAGCGCCUGCAGGAGCAGCGGCAGCAGCAGAACGGGGAGGCGGAGGCGCUCGCCCGUGUCUACACCAGCAGCAUUAGCAAUGGCCUCAGUAACCUGCACAACGAAAUCGGGGGCACCUACUCCAACGGGCACGUGGUGGACCUGCCCAAGGCCCAGGGCCCCAACGGCUUCUACAACGUGGACUCCACCCAGCCGUCUCCGGACCAGUCAGGCUUGGACAUGUCUGGGAUGAAGCAGAUCAAGCAAGAGCCCAUUUACGACCUGACGCCCGUGCCUAACCUUUUCACGUACAGCUCGUACCCAGACGGUCAGCUGGCACCCGGGGUGACCAUGUCAGAGUUAGAUCGGAUUACGCAGAACAUCAUCAAGUCCCACCUGGAGACCUGCCAGUACACAGCGGAGGAGCUGCAGCAGUUGGCCUGGCAGACGCACACCUACGAGGAGGUCAAGCUGUACCAGAGUAAGACCCGGGAGGUUCUGUGGCAACAGUGUGCAAUCCAGAUCACGCACGCAAUACAGUACGUGGUUGAGUUUGCCAAGCGCAUCAAUGGCUUCAUGGAGCUCUGCCAGAACGACCAGAUCCUCCUCCUCAAGUCAGGUUGCCUGGAGGUGGUCCUGGUGAGGAUGUGCCGCGCGUUCAACCCUCUCAACAACACCGUACUGUUUGAGGGAAAGUACGGUGGCAUGCAGAUGUUCAAGGCCCUAGGGUGCGAUGACUUGGUCAGCGCAGUGUUUGACUUUGCCAAGAGCCUGUGUUCCCUACAACUCACGGAGGAGGAGAUAGCGCUCUUCUCGGCCGCCGUCCUCAUCUCCACAGAUCGGCCCUGGUUGAUCGAGCCACGGAAGGUCCAGAAACUCCAGGAGAAGAUCUACUUCGCCCUGCAGCACGUCAUGCAGAAGAACCACCUGGACGAGGACGUUCUGGCCAAACUCAUUGCCAGGAUCCCCACGCUGUCGGCACUUUGCACCCUGCACACGGAGGAGCUGCAGGCGUUCCAGCAGUCGCACCCCGAAACGGUGAACGUGCUCUUCCCGCCGCUCUACAAAGAGCUGUUCAACCCGGACUCUUCGUGCGGGCCCAAGUGAGCGCCCCCGGGCCCAGCCGUCGGGGAGCAGAGCCAGGCCGGUCAUGGAGCGACAGCAGCGGCGACAACACGGGGCAAAACAUGUGUAACAAGCGAAUUACUGGGAAUGUCCUGCACUUAAUACAGUUUAAUUCACCGAUACAGUCUAAGAAUGUAAAUAUGCACCUGCUAAGAGGAGCUUUUGAGAACUGACCAGAAAUGUACAGACUUUAGAGCAAUUUAAGUUGUCUUUUCAUGGGGUAAGUUUGUUAAUCUUCCAUUUUCUUUUGUUUUUUUUUUUUCCUGAUGUGAUAUUACAAGUUGAUGGGUGACUAUUGAUAUUUUUUUUCUUGGGGGCGGGAGGCGGGAGGGUGUGCAAAAAAAUUGAUCCAGAAAGCUGUUGUAGAUAUAUAUACUAGUGUAGCCCAGAUCUUCAGUAUUAACUAUUGUUCUGUUUAUAAUUUAGGAAUAAUUUAAAACAAUUUUGGCCU